AUGGCUUCCCCAAUGAAGGCCGACAUGUCAUCAAAAACAUUACCUACUCAUGAAACGGACACUAACAUAUUGUUUGAAAAGUUUACCAUCGAUGAAAUCCGUGGAAUUGAAAAGAAGACCAGAAAUGACAUUGAAAGGAAGAAAGAAGAUUUGAGGACCAUGGUUGGGGAAAGAUAUCGAGACCUAAUAGAGGCUGCAGACACCAUUACUGAAAUGAAGAACAGUGCACAAAACGUUAUGAAGUCUAUAGCCCGUAUAGACAAAAUGUGUAAGGAACUGAACCAAAGUCACAUGGUACGAGGCACCUCCUUCCACAACAGAUCUAACAAGGAGCUCGAUCAAAAGAGGAACCAGGAGUUGAAGUUCCACAGUAUAGCAAUGCAGAUCAAACUACUGCUUGAUAUGCCUGAAAAAAUCUGGAGUGCCCUGGACCACUGUGACUAUCUGACAGCUACAAGACACUACUUACUGUCUCGACACAUCCACACAAGUCUCCAGCUUGACUCGCAACAGUCUCCAGACCUCCUCCAUAGAUUUCCAGUCCUGAAUCGCCAGUGGGCAGCUAUUAGUCACUUCAGGGCCACCAUCCUUCAGGGGAGUCGAGGUAUGCUUAAGGAGUCUGUCAUUACUGACCAGAAGAUAGCAGAGUGCCUGUGUAGUAUUAUUCUACUGGAGGAUAGUACACCAAGACAGGUUUUCAAUGAGUUCCUCCUUGCUCGAACUACAGCAGUACAGCAGUUGUUCCAUCCAAACCAGACAGAAGGUGUGAAAGAUCAAGUCUGUACUGUAGUCAAGCUUAUCACUACAACAAUCCACCAGAUACACAGCGUCUUCUACCAGGGCGACAACUCUGAUAUGGGAGUGACCAGUAACCUAUUGGUGACUAUCCUGACUACUGUGACAUCUCAGAAACAGCAAGAAUCUGGAUUACUGGACUUUCACCAGUCCUCUUCACUGAAGAGCCUGCCUUCAUCAGUUUUAGAUUUCUGCCCUACCCUACGGUCGCAUGCCACACCUGUAUCGGUACAGUAUCUCCAGGACAACUGCCAGCAGUGGAUUGACACAUGUAUUCGGGACGUUAAACAUGGCGUUGGGAAGCUGUUAGGCUUUGUAAACACUGUGAAGAGAUUGGCUGACAUCCGUGAUGCCGUGUGGGAACUGCUGUCCCAGGACCAAAGUAUGGCUGAUUGGCAAGGAGUGUGUUCUCGUAUACUCAACAGGAAAUUGUCCAGCUGGGAUGACUUCCUGUGGUCACUUUUCCUGGACAGGGUUAAGGCGUUGAUGAAAUACCAACUGGACACAGCGACUGAAUUAACCAAACGCCAAGUGUCAAAACUGGUGAUGGAGAUUGGAAGUUUAGAAGAUGGGAGCAGUGAUUUGGAGGUAGACCUGUCUAAGUAUAUCUGGUGUGAGGGGUCAGGGGACAUACAGGCCAACAUGGCAUGGACAACAGCCAGUGCCCGUACCUCUAGUACUCAGACCCCUAGUGGUCUUCUGAUGAAAGCUAAGGCCUUCACUCCUGUCAUUCAAAGCUUGUGUCGUAACUAUGAUGAUAAACUACUGACUCUGAUUGAGGAUUGUAAACAUUACAUACAACCUGCAGAUGAGAAAGACACACAGACAGAUGAACCAUUCAAUCGCUAUGGUGAUACAGCUGACCUGCGUAACCAUCUCAAGGUCACAUGUCAUCGCUGUGUAGAAGAACUUAUGACAUAUGUUGAUGAGCAACUAGAGCUAUGGAAAUUGUCUCUGGAGAUACCAGACAGAACAACCAAUCAGAUCACUAUCAACAAAAUCCUGUUUGUUGGGAGAUUUUGUGGAGCACUGUCAGAGCUGGUGCCAUCAUUACAUCAUUGUAUUGUGGGACAGACAACACAGGACAAACUUGAUCUUCUUAAAUCACAAAUGAAGAGCAGCAAGCAGGGCUCAAAGGUAGUGGAAGAUCCUGUAUGGCUACAAGUGAAAGAUAGACUGGCACAGUGUCAUAGGAGUACAUAUAGAAUAUGGGUGGAGUAUCUGUCUGCCACUGUGUUAAAGGAUUUCAAAACCUGCAUCAACAAUCCACAGGGCAAAGAGGCAAUAUCAACAUGUACAAGAUGGGAUGAGGUGAAUAUUGAAGAAGAAACAGAAAGUGGGAAGAAUGUGAACUCAAAGAUAAGAAUUCCUAUGCAGGCCUCGUGGUAUGUGCAAGAUCUCUUAUUUAAUCUGUGUCAGGAAAUCAACAGAGUGGGAGCACACACUAUACACAGAAAAGUUGUGGAGGAACUAGUGGAGAAUGUGUCCAAUGGAAUUCUCACCUGUUAUGAGGAAGUUCUGAAUGCCUGUAGGAAGAAAAAGACCGGGAAUUAUCUGUCCUUGUCUCAACAGAUGGCGUUACAGCUAUUGUAUGAUGUUAAGUUCAUUGUUCGGAUCAUUCCAAGGAAAGAUGACCAGCAGGAGAGUAAACUCUACCAGCAACGGUCACGGCGUGUGAUAGAGAGGCUCGAGGAGAAGAUUGACCCAUUUGAUCUUGACGUUUUUUCACCUUACAUCCAGUCACACCUGACUAAACAGACACAGCGGUCAACAGUAUUGUAUGGAGCACUGACCAGUCUGGACAAACUGGGGAUGUUUAACACUGGACGAGGUCUCCAGACCACUCACCAAGAACAACAUAAUGUCCUUCCACUGACCACAUGUCAGAACAGAUUCAUACUGCUGCCAAUGAGUAAACAACCAAGUAACACCACCCUGCCAUCACCGAUACUGUCACAGACCUUACACAGGGGUGUGAUGACAGGUGGAGAUUCUCUGACAGAGAAAGCAGCGGCCAUUCUGCCACAGCCAAGUUCCAGCUCAGACAUGACAAGCUCAUUCUACAAUAAACUUGGCAGCAUGUCUGAACUAUCGAGCUGGUUCUCUAAUAUUGGUGGGAGUACAAAGUAACAGUGUUUCAAGGAAAGUCUUAGAAAUAGACCAGUCAAGUGUCAGACCUAUCCAGCUUGUUGUUUAAUACUGGCGGGAUUACAAAGUUACAGCAUGUUAGAAAGUCAGAGAAAUAACCAGGGAAACAGACGUAUACCUUAACUAUCCAGCUGGUUCACUUAAUAUCAAGUGGAGCUACAUUGUGUCAGCGAAAGUCGGAGAAUCAGACUGGCAGAAUAUAAGAUAUACCUAGGCCUACAGCUGGAAAAUACAAUAUUCUGACUGUUAUGCUGGUUCUGUAAUAUUUGUGGGGUAUAUAUGGGGAAACAUCAUUGAUGUAUUUUGUAUCGGAUGUGCCGUGAUCCUGAAAUAGUUUUCAUUCUGUGCAGUUUAUUUUCUCUUUCCAUUUUUGUUGACUUAUUCUUGGUGCAAUGUUAAUGUUUUUCAACAUUUUUUGCACUUUCCCUUUGGUUAAGUGCAUCUCAACACGUUUGGUUUCUUCCUUUUUCAAACAAAUGUUUUAAUGAUAACUGUUUAAUCAAAGUCCUUGUUCCAUAUUAUUGGCAAGUGACAGAAAUCUUUAUUUAACAAAGUAAUUGAGCACACAUCCUUUAAAACAAAAUGGGUUUUCAGAUCAGAUUUGAAAAGUAAUUGCUUGUAGACUAUUAGGAUUUCUGGUGGGUAUUCUGACGAGUUGGGUGUUCUGUGAUAGCUCAUUUUUUUUUCUAAAUUCUGUUUUAUGUGUAAGAAGAUAUUAUUACCUCCAAGUUGCAAACUGAUUUUAAAAAAUCAGAUUUAUUGCCAUAAGAUCUUAAGCCAAAAAAUUAAAAAUUUUCUGACUGUGAGAAAUAGAGUUAUUUCCCUUUGUCUACCUGCUGUCAUUACUAAAUAAAUGAAUUGCAAUUUUCGGGCAAUAUAUUUUAACUUUAUGAAGUUAAGGUCAUUGGAAUGUCUGUGAAUCACCAUUAUAAACUUUAAUUAAUGACUUUAUUCCUCCUGGUCCAUGAACACAGUCAGUACGUUCAAUGAUAGUGUUCAUUGUAUAGUGUUUAUUUAUCUCUCUGUAUUUGUAGGAUAUCUCCUGCUAAAUCAAUAACUAACAAAUAAUUAAUCUGUACCCAUCCUAUAAAUAAAUAAUCACCUGACAGCUAAUUGUUUACCACUUCCUUGUAACCUUGUUUGGGUUGUUUUUAUAUUAACCAUCGUCUACUGCUUGUCAAAAGAUUUUUUGAUUACUGUAAAGAGCGAUGUUUUGUUUUUGUUUUAUUUAUUUUCCAUAUUUUCAGAGAUGUAAUAGAGUUAUGAAUUUAUCUACCUGUUACCUUGAAAAAGGAGAUUUGUAGAGAUAUUGAAAUAUGUGUUAUGAUUUCUGUGCAAGCAUAUAUACCUGUUCUUUUUGGUUGAAACUUCUAAGUAACUGCAAAAAUUUGCAUUAUUGAAAACUACGAUCUAUACAGUAGUUCUCAGCUUUCGGUUCAUCCAAAGGUCUGCUGAUAAACCAUACCAGGUAUUUCUGUUAUCUUUUAUUUUUAGUUAAUUAGAUAUCCAAGGUGCAGUUAUUUUCAGGUAAAUACAAUUCUCACGAUGACUAUCCAGAUCUCAAGUUAAAGGAAACAUGGACAUGUAUUCAGAAACAAGAAAAAAAAUGAUAGUGACAUUUUGAACUACUCAAUCAGCAUGUAAAGUGUAGUCUAUAAGUUAAAAUGAUUUGAGGAUAUUCCAUAGAGAGCUGUGAUAAAACUGUCAUUGACACAUGUAUGUGAUAAAUUUCUAUAUUUAAAAAACAAAAAUGACUUGCAGUAUACAGGGAAACAUUUGCCCGGGCCACCCCCUCUCCCUCCCAACCAAGCAUUGCCCUUAAGUACACACAAACACACAUUUCAAAUCUGUCUUCCAACAUUUACAUUUAUUUUUUACUUUCUGACAAAAACACCAAAAUGGCCUAAAGUAAAGCUGUUGUGACUGUGUCCUUGUACAUUGUAUUUCAACAUCUGUGCUACAUAUAUUAGUUUUUUAUUUGAAUUAUGUAUUACUAUUUCCAUGCAUCCUGUAUGCAUGUGAGGGAGAAAUAUUUUUUCUUGUAAUUGUUUAUUUACAUGUCAAUAAAAUGUAACAGCUGAUUGUA